CUCAUGGAUUUGGCCAGCCCUCGAGUUUCGAGCAGGGAGGGGAUUAUGGAGAAAGAGUGAUUAUCAACUCCAUAUUUAGAGGUACCAGAAUCUUAACUGCGAAGCAAUUGGUGGCAAAAGGCAGUGUGGAGUGUGAUUGAGAUUGUGUCAUCCGUGGAUCUAUUGGGCGGAAUGCGAAUUUGAGUGGGUCUGGGAGGAUGCUGUUGAUGUCUAUUCCACAAGUUACCACUGGAUACUUAUCACCUGGAGCCUGGCUAGAAACAUGUCAGGGGAGUAUUGCCUAAUUUCCUGUGUCCUUCUGCUCAUGGUCAGCUUGUCUGUGGGGUUACAGAAUGGGAACAUGAGGCUGGUGGGGGGAGAGCUGGCCCUGGAGGGCCGUGUGGAGAUCUACUAUAAUGGACAGUGGGGGACCGUGUGUGACGACAACUGGGACAUUACUGAGGCACAGGUGGUGUGUCGCUAUCUCAACUACCCUGGUGCUCUCACUGCUGUGGUGGGCGGGACCUACGGACAAGGAUCUGGUCCUAUCUGGAUGGAUGAUCUAAACUGUGAGGGGACAGAGAAAGACUUGUCCCACUGUCUCUUCAAAGGCUGGGGGGUUACUGACUGUCAACAUGCUGAGGAUGCUGGUGUGGUCUGUGAAAGAGAAUCGUCUCAGAAUAGCAGUCGCGUCUACACUCUGGACCACAACACAGGCCUCAGUAACCACAUGGGGGAGCUGUUUGACAGUGGACGCGACUGUGACUUUGACAUCAUGGUGCGGGUUGCAAACAGCGCUGUGGAAACCAUCUGUGUUCACAAGCUGAUUGUCACUCUGGACCCAAAUGCCUCCAUCUUAAACACCACACAAGAGGAGAACCUCAGUAACCUCAACCUAGACGUCAGCCUCAACUGCCGGCCACAUGUCACCGACUUCCUGAGGUAUCUGUACACGCGGCAGAUUAAUGUGACCAUGUCCUCUGCCCAGUGCAUCCACAAGAUGGCGUCCGACUGGGGUCUGAAGCAGCUUCAGGAGGCGGCAGGGAGGCUUUUCACCUGGCUGCUCCCCGAUGAUGCCUCCUUCCAGACCCAGACCUCUCUGUACGAGUACUCAGUCCACACAGGCGACACAGUUCUGCAGGAAACCUGUCUGCGCUACCUUGCCUGGAACUGUGAGUCACUGAUCCGUUCCCCAGCCUGGACUGGUCUUGCCCUGGGCACAGUAAAGGCCCUUCUAGCCCGGUCAGACGUGGUAGUGCCAGAUGAGGCCUUCCUCCUAAAGGGUUUGGAGGACUGGGUGUUGGAACAGGGUAACUCGUCCACCCACGAAGACCAGGUCGCCAUUUUGAACCACAUCCGUUUUCCCAUGAUCGCUGCUGAAGAUUUGUUCAACCUCAAAGCCAAGUCUGAACUGUACAUGGACCAACAAGAGCGUUAUAAUGCCGGCAUGUUGCAGGGCUUUCAGUUCAAUGCACUACCCUUCCAGACGCUAGCUGGGGGCCUCCUCCUUAAAAAGGUGGAAUACACACCCAGGAUCUACACUGGCAAGCCAUGGAGCUUCACUUUCAGCUCAAAGGAUCUCAACACGUUCCGAUACGUCGGACACUAUUCCCACUCAGGCCAGAACCUCAACAGCCUCAGUGCCAACUUUGACAGCCCUGUGCACAACAGUGCCUUUUUUUCCCUGUUCAAAAAGCUCAACUGGAACACCAGGGUCUUUAUCCACAACCAUGAAUGCUCAAACAGCGGCAUCCGCUGUCCGUCGCUGCCGAUGGUCUCGCUAACUGCCCAGAAUAACAGGGAGUUGCCCCAAGAGUAUCAGGACAGCAUCCGCUACCUCAACAAGGUUGUCCUGAUGUGUGAAGGGGAGUUUGUAUUCCAUGUCCAGGAUUUUGCAUCCACGAUAGGCAAUGGCGGCAAUCAGGCCCAGAUUCCAGCAAACAUCUCUGCGGGCCAGGCCUAUCCGUGCCACUCAGACCAGUUCUCCUACCGUGUGGUGGUUCAGCCUGUGUACACCACUGAGAUCAAGGAGAAUUAGCAGGAAGUAGAGGGACAGGAAUAUGAGGAGAUAAAGUGAACGAAGAUCACUUGGUAGUUAGUAGUUCUUUUUCAAUUAUCCAGGUUUAACAAAGCAAUUUUAGCAACGUCAAUGUAUGUAAUCCUAAGUGUUUUGUUUAACCCAUCCAAUAUCUUCUGAAUGUCACUUCCAGGCAACACUGCAUUAUCAUUCUCAGUGGCGAUUUUAGCAUGUAAAUCUUGGUGUGGCAAAAAAACAAAUAAAUGGGAUGCAUGCCAGCAAAGCCACAACACUAAACAAUACAUUAAUUGCACUAUAACGGUGACAAACAGUGCCCACAAACUGUUAGUGUCAACUUAAAGCUGUCCUAACAGCAGAGUCCCAACAGCAGUCCCAACACCUUACCACUGCAACACAUGGCUAUGAGCGUCUUUGUCUUUAACAAAAACAGCUGAUAUGGCUGACUUGCUUAAACAAAUGUAGUUUCUAACUGACAAUUGAGAUGUACAAACUAUGGAAUAAGGGGAGGAUAAGAGGCAAUCCGUAA